AUGCUGACGUUGAAGGGGAAUCCGGCGGGGAAGAGAAAAGCGAGAUCAAAGGUUUAUGGGCUGCGGACCUUCCUCGACCCAGGGUGCCCGGCGAAUUUCUACGAGGCGUUCCGCGAUAACAUCCGGCAUUUCCUCCGCGAAUGCGCGGACGUGGAGGAGCGGACGACGGCGGGGAUGCCGACCUGGUGCACGCUUCUGGUGGACGAGCGGUGCGGCGCGGUGGUGCCGCUCUACACCGUCGAAGAGAGCGCCUACCAUUCCGCCACCCCCUUCUGCGACUACUGCCGCUGCAGCGGAUGGAGCCACCAUUUGGUGUCGAAGCGGCGUUACCAUUUGAUCAUCCCGUCCGAUAACGACUGGGACAAACCCCUGCGCUCCGACGCCUUCUUCCUUCACAACCACCUCUUUCACGCCCUCCUCCACUGCAAUGGUUUCGGCCACCUCAUCUUCCUUAACGGCCGUGAGGGCGGCUCCAAGUUCAUCUCCGGCAGUCGCAUUAUGGACCUCUUCGAUCGCCUAUGCACCGCCCUCCGAAUCCGGGCUGUGUCGUUGGAGGACGUGUCGCGGAAGGGAUCCAUCGACCUUCGCCUCCUGCUCAGCUUGUCCCAUGGUGCGCCUUGGUUCGCUCGCUGGGGCUAUCGAUUCUUGCGGGGAAGUUAUGGCGUCACACAGGAGGCCUACGACCGCGCCAUUCGCUUUCUCGCGUCCCUCGACCUCGAUGACCUCAUCAAGAACGUCGCCGACGGCGCUCAAAAUCGAGAGCUUCGACGCAUCGUUUUCGCCUACCGGAAUAUGUGCCUGCCUGAUCGCCACACUCCGCCGCUUGUCACCGUCCGCGACCUCCUCCGCUUCCUCCUCGAUCUGAAGCGCCGGCCGCCUCAACAGACACCGCCAGCCCUCAAAACGCUGCCCCCACCACUCCCGCUCCCUCCCACGCCCUCGCCCCUGCUCCUGCCCGCCUCGUCAUCGAGGAGGUCGACCAAAAAGACUGGAAGGAAGGGGUGCCGCGACUUCGCGAGGGUCGCGGCGGAGCUGCAGAGCAGGUGGCCCGUUCGGCGUCUCCAUACUUCUGCUCAGGUGGUGGUGGAUGCUCUCAAGAAGCACGGGAGGAGAAUGACGCGGCAAGAGGUCCGGGAAGCCGCGCGGUUAACCAUCGGCGACACUGGUCUCCUCGACUUCGUUUUGAAGUCCCUCGGCGAUUGCAUCGUUGGUGGCCACAUUGUGCGCCGCGUUUCCAAUCCGGCCACAAGGGUUCUCGAGUUCAGUUUGGAGGAGAUGCCAUCUACAGUUGUGGCAACGGAGCCGGAGCCGGAGCCGGAGCCUGGGCCGGAGCAGGAGCAGGAAGUAGUUGAAGUGGCAAGGCCUACAUGGCACAGUGCCCGGCAGGUGGAAAGGGACCUUGCGGCAUUGUGCCGGGGGCUGUUGGCUGCGCAGCCAGAGGCGGGCGGGAUAGUGAUGCACGCCAAGCACUGGGUGAAGGAGUGGGAACUGCAGGACGACGUAGACGACCGGCUUCGGUUUUUGGUGAUGUGGAUGCCGAACCCGGAGGAGCUGCAGGAGCUUACACGGCUUCUGGCGCCGCCGGAAGUGGUGGUAAUGGAGGCGACGGCGUCGGUGGGGGAGCUUAUGGAGGAGGCGGAGACGGCGCUAAGGGACACGUACUGUGCUCUGGAGGGGUUCACGGCGGAGGAAAUGAAGGGGGUGGAGGGGGAGCCGUGGGAAGCGGUGCUCUUGGGCGGCGCGGAGUCGGGGUCGAAGAUCUGGGUGCGCGGGGAGGGGGCCGACAUGAACUGCGAUCUUAUGUACGAGGGUGGCCCCGACACGUGGUCGGUUGGCUGCGCCUGCGGGGCGCGCGACGACGACGGCGAGCGCAUGGUGGCCUGCGACGCCUGCGAUGUGUGGCACCACACGCGCUGCGCAGGCAUCCCGGACGGGCAGCCGGUGCCGCCCAUCUUCUACUGCGCCAGGUGCCGAAGGUCAGCGGUGGCGGCCGGGGACAUGAUGGAGUAAGAAAGCUCCGGCUGCCGCGACGGUAUCUUCCCGCUGCCAGGGAGAAGACGGAUCAAGAAAUCACCGCGGAUGGGUCCAAAGACACGGCUCUUCUGCCUUUUUGAGCUGGAAGCCAUGGCUCUGUUCUGCUUCUAGCAAGUGUCGAUUGCUGCUAUUCAUUCAUUUGUUCAUUUUCUUAGCUGCUGAAAGCAUGUCGGAACCGGCGGCACAUUGGAGCAUUCCAUGAGCCAUUGUAAGAGUAAAAACAAAAGAUAUAUGAGAUUGCAUUGUCCUUGGUGUAAAUGAAUUCGUCAUGGAUUCUGUAAUACCAUUUUGGAUGAAGAGCAAGGUUUCAGCCUUUGGGGCUGAUUGACUUGAUGAAUUAGGAUCAAUGCAAGUUCAUGGUGUCGGAUUAUGGUUAACUGAAAGGCAUCAGAAGAAGAAGAAACAACUGUUUUGGUGGAGUUACUUAGCUGGACGUAAAAUGGAUUCAUUGAAUUAGGAGGAUUUGAACGAUCUGCCUGUAGCUCUCUUGCUUCCAAUCCUCCUCCGACGCACAGAGCAGGGAUAACACACGUACAAGUUUCUGUCAUCAUGAUCGUCCAUGGCUCCAGAACCAUAAGAGGAAAGAAAGUCUCAUUGAUGGAGUUGAGUGAGACAAAACAUUCAUUCCCAUAUCUUCCCGUUUCGAAUCCAACAUCACAGCGUUUCAAGCCUACAUCUCCAGUCGAUAGGUAAAUG